CAUCCAAUCUCGAAUGGUGUACACAAAAGGAAAAUACCCAACAUGCCGUAUGUCUUAAGCUUUGGGGUCAUUGUCGCAAACGUGCUAUCAGGCAGAUUUUCGAUAAUGGAUCUUUCCGAGAAUUUCUAUCCUUAGCUGAAGCACAACGCAUAACUGGAAUUAAUAGUCAAAAUAUCGGAUUAGUAUGUCGAGGACUUCAAGCUCAUGCUGGAGGAUAUCAUUGGGAGUAUGUAAGCACAAUAUCGCAUAAUAAUCAUGAAGAUUUUUCACAGUAA